CUGACACUGAUAUAUUCAUUCAAGAUGAAAAGGACACUGUGUAUUUGCAUCUGCUUUUGCCUGCUGCAAACCGAGGCCGGUUUUUUCAGCAGUCAAAUCGACAAAUUAAAGAACAAAGCCAAAGCAGCGUACAAGAGCAAACGUGGAAAAGCAGGUCCCACUUUGAACUUCUGGGGCCAUGAACAGAGCGAAUACCCCGGGGCAAAUGCCCAGUUUCGGGAGGAAAACAGAGCCAAAUGGGAGGAGUAUUAUCAGUGCCUAAACUCCCAAGCUAACAACCUGAAUAGCCAAAAUUCCGUGACUCCUGAAGCGAUAAUAGGCUUUGAAACCUCUUCGAUCAGUCUGACCUGCAAACUAUGUCUGAGUCCUUUGGAAAGCCAGAAUAAAGACGCGAUAACUUGGGAGUUCGCGAGGCAACAGGAUGAGGCGAUGUCUCCUGUUGAGUUUACCGAACACACGCUUUUAUCACCCGAGGACAGAACAUUGCAGAUUUUCAAUCUGAAGAGCGAAAAUAGCGGCCAGUAUAUGUGCAAGCUGGGCAAUGCGGUGGUGGCGCCUUAUUUUCUCACUGUGGUCAAUAUUUCCGAGACGAGUAUGCACCAAGUCCAUAGUCCAGCAGACCCUUCAGGGCCUUACUCCAAAAAACCGGAAGAAAUUGCCUUUAAUCUAGUCCUGGACACUGAAUGGGGCGAAUGGUCUACCUGCAGCACAUGCGGCAAUGUGGGCAGGAAACACAAAAUGGGCUACUGCAAUGUGUACCGAAAAGCGCUCGAAAGCAACAACCGCACCAAAAGAUCAGCCGAAGAAUUGGAGGAAAUUUUCCAGAUAUUCAAGUAUGGUAUUCCAUGCCAAAGUCACAUUCUCCCUCCAGAGGUUCGCCGACUGCCGGCAGUUCAAGCUAGACGAAACGAAAUAAUGACCGGAUUCUGCCAUGUAAAGUGCCCGGAAAAUCUGGUGUUUGAAGUGAGAGACAAAGAAGGCAAAGUUAUCGAGAGAGCGGACAAUUCAGAGGGGAUUUACUCGCUGUCGCAAAAACUGCCCCCCAUGGAGCCGUCAACAGAGCGCCGCCUACAAUAUGAGGCCAAAGGAAAGGAUCUUGUCCUCGAAUGUCCUGGGAACAUCAACAGCGACGCUCCAAUCCUGUGGCAAAUCGGCGACAAAAACCUCAUCCCGGAGAAAAUAGCGAAAGAAUCGAAUGGACGAGUCUACAUCAGCAUCACCGAUCGCGUUCAUAUCAAAAAGGCGAAAAUUUCCGAUUCAAACAUCUACAGCUGUUGGCAACUGCAAGAGUUAGCCGGGACCAUUCGCUUGGUAGUAGAAAAGCGCUAUGAAUUCAACUUCAACCAUACGCUAAUGCUCUUAGGAGUUGUUCUAAUCAUGGGAACAUUUCUCUAUGUUUUCGUCAAAGUGAUAGCCAACAGAGAGUUAUCUAAAACCAGACUGGACACGCUUGUUGUGAAGAACCGGCCCAAAAGAAUCCCGUAAUUAUAUGACUAAAUGAUCGAAUAAAUGGAUUGAACUUAAUUCGCCAAA